AUGGGUGACAUGGAGAAGGGCAAGAAGAUCUUUGUUCAGAAGUGUGCUCAGUGCCACACCAUCGAGAAGGGGAGUAAGCACAAGACAGGGUCCAAUCUGAAUGGCCUCUUUGGCCGAAAGAACAGCCAGUCUCCCAGCUUCUCCUACACAGAUGCCAACAAGAACAAAGGUACCAUCUUGGGAGGAGAUACGCUGAUGGAAUACCUGGAAAACUCCAAGAAGUAUAUCCCUGGAACCAAACUGAUCUUCGCAGGCAUUAAGAAGAAGGGAGAAAGGGCAGACUUGAUAGCAUACCUUAAGAAGGCCACCAAUGAGUAAUAGUUGUCUGCUGCCUUAUUUAUUAUAAAAAGGAGAUG